UGCCAGCGUCCUCAGUCUUCGAUCGAUCGCGGCGUUGUUAGCACACGCAGCACAAGAUCGCGGAUCUCCGUACGUUCGUGCCUUUUGCCUUUGCACGGGGGUCACCAACAGCGAGUGGCGUUUGCCUUCGGGGGGAGUUUCUUCUUCUUUUCAACUAACGAAAACAAAACUAAAAUAACGAAAAAAAAAAAACAAUCCGUAUCUUGUGUGCGACAGAAAAGACCGUGUUCGAAGAUCGAGUGAUCGAGAAAAGAAAAGUAUCAACGAAACAGCGAUUGUUGGUUUGAAAUACAUCACAGACAGGUGCAAAAUGGUUUAACGGCCAAAAAGUCCCGAUUGGAUCUGGUUAGUGUGGCCGUUCAGUGAAUAAACCUACACCGACAAGCGUAGCGAGUGGUAAUUGUGAUGAUGUUUGAUUUGAUGCAUGGUGUUGAACGUGUUUGAGAAGCGUCAAGUAAGCUGUAUGAGACUAAGUGAACAUAGAAGUGAACUAAUCCACUCCGUUCCGGUAGGGAUCCGUACAGUGAUGGUGUUUGAGUGUUGUGUUUUUACUUUGUCAGAGUUACGAAACAGCGAUAACCUUUUAAAAACUUUUUGUCUUGUGAAGUGGCUAGUGUUUCAAUGUUUGACAAGCUAGUGUGCGGCGUGAAAGUGUGUGUAAGCUCCCCAAACAACAGCAACCCAAUUGAUGAUCGCUCUGCAAAGCUGUAAAACAACACAAUGACGAUAUUGUUACUCCUGCUUCUGCUCACCCUAUCGGUGCAGCCCGGGCAAGCACAAGUGGAAACGAUCCUGGACAGCAGCGAGUACGACGAUCUGGGAUUGCCCACCGUGACAGAGCGUAAGGGUCAGAUGGCCGGGUUCCUUGCGAGUGACGGCAGUGAUCUCUACCCUUCGAUAUCCAUGUCCAACGAUGGACCGUCGGUUCCGUACCAGCAGCGCCCAUCGAACUAUGCAACCAAUCCAUUUAUAGCGCGGGCGGAGCAGUACCGCAAAGCGCACGCUAGUCUCCGACCACAGCCUCAGGGAUCCUCAGCCCAGCAGACUCAGCAACAGCAGCAGCAGCAGCAACAGGGCUACGAUCCACGUGACGGUACACCGUACACACGCGAUAUCGCCGUGAAGCAGGGCAUUUUGCGUGGCUCGGUGCGUGUAAUGCAUCCCCAGUCGGGGUUGAAAAAUGUGGACCAAUUCCUUGGUAUACCGUACGCGGAGGCUCCGGUCGGUUCGCGGCGCUUCAUGCCACCGAGUGCGCCGAUCCCGUGGAAUGGGCUCAAGAUGGCCACCAAGCUGUCGCCGGUGUGUCCCCAGAAUCUGCCCAGCCUGAACAACGCCAACAACAACUACUCGAAGGGCCGGUACGAUCAGAUCAAGCGGCUACUUCCGUACCUGAAGGUGGAAAGCGAAGACUGUCUCUAUCUCAACCUUUACGUUCCAAGUUAUGAUGGUAUCGGACCGCAGACUAAGUAUCCCGUCAUCGUGUACAUCCAUGGCGAAUCGUACGAGUGGAACAGUGGCAACCCGUACGACGGGUCCAUCCUGGCCAGCUACGGUCAGGUGAUAGUGGUAACGCUCAACUUCCGCCUGGGCAUUCUCGGUUUCAUGAAACCGGGCAUUAGCGAUCAUACGACCAGCAACUUCGGUCUGCUGGACCAGAUAGCGGCGCUGCAGUGGAUCAAGGAAAACAUCGGCGCGUUCGGUGGCGAUGCCAAGCUGGUGACGGUGAUGGGCCAGGGCACGGGAGCGGCCUGCGUCAACUUUCUCAUGGUGUCGCCGGUCGCGAAGGGACUGUUUCACCGGGCGAUCCUGAUGUCCGGCUCGGCGCUGUCCGAUUGGGCCCUCACGCAGCACCCGCUGCAGUCGACGAUGCAGGUCCUGCAGGGGCUGAACUGUCCGCUGAACGGGGAGAACGACGAGGUGACGGCUUGCCUGCGCCGCAAACGGUACAGCGAAAUAUUGGGCGUAAAAACGGCGUCCCCCCAGUUCUCGACCCGGUUCGGCCCGAUCGUGGACGGGCUGGUCAUACCGAACAUGCCGCACAAAGUCAUGGGCCAGUACAGUGACAUUUUUAGUGGAUACGAUCUGCUGUACGGCAUGACCGAGCUGGAAUCCUAUCACAUCCUGAAUGCGGUCGCGCUCACGUACGGCCUGCUGGAAAACGAACGAGACAAUUUAUUGCGAUUUUACAUGCAAAAUCGCUUCGAAAUACGUCCCGACCUGGCGCUCGCUGCAACGCUGCGAGAGUACACCGACAUCUACAUGGACCCGAACAAGGCACUGGCGGACGAGCAUCGGGACAAUCUGCUGGAAAUACUGUCCGAUGCGCGCGUCGCCGCCCCGAUGGUCCAGACCGGGCUGUAUCUGUCGAAGGUCAACCCAAAGUGCUACAUGUACGUGUUUGGCCACAACAGCGAGGCGGGCGAGUACGGUCGGCUAUCGCAAAGCGUGGUCGGCGAGGAUCUGGCGUACGUGUUCGGUGCUCCGCUCGGGCAGGUGGGCCCCUUCCAGCAUCACUACAAUGCGCGCGAGCGGCUGUUUUCCGAGGCUGUUAUGAAGUAUUUCUCCAACUUUGCCAAGACUGGCAACCCGAAAGCGCCCUGGAAGGAUCUGUUCCUGAAUCUCAACCCGGAAGACUGGUCGUACUACGAUGUGGACUGGCCGGAGUACAACAGCAUCAACCAGAGCUAUUUGCACAUGGGCAUUACGCCGGUCGUGGGCCACCGGUACCGCCAGAAGUACAUGAAGUUCUGGAACGAGGAGCUGCCGGAAGAGCUGAAGAAGAUUACCAGCUCGAAGGCGUACGCGCCGUACUCGGACUUCUUCAGCCCGCCCGGCGCAGGCGGGAAGCAGGGUGGCGGUGUGAGUGCGGUGGUUGGCCGGAUGCGGGGUGGCACUACGCCCCAUCCCGACUAUCCCACCGGGCACAUUAACCUGUACCCGAUUCACGUCGACAUCGAGCGACCGACGGAGGACCCGUUCCGGGAGCUGCUGUACCAGAUGAAGGAUCCGCUGGCCGGGCCGGGGAUGUACAAUGCCCCGGCGACUUCCUCCGCUGCCGCCAUCCCGGAGAAGGGUGCCAGCCCGGCCCAGCUGGCCGCCGGUGUCCUGGAGCAUCCGAAGCACCCGAAGCAACUGCAGCAGUCCGGCAAGGAUGGGCCGUUCGGAGUGACGGACGAGCAGGAGCUGGACGGGGGUGCGACAGAAAUCAUGAAAAGUGAAUCGACGCUCACCAUCCUGAUAGCGGUGGCUAUCGUGUUUCUGCUGUUCAACAUCGUCGUCAUAGUGGGCUACCUGGUCCGGCGCCAUCUCGGUCGGCCGGGAGUGGGCGGGGUCGGUGUUGGUGGUGUGGCGGGCGGUCGCAAGGUAAAGCGGAAGUACGACGACACGAUGCUGGAGAGUGCGGCCGCCGUCGUGGUGGCGGGCGUGGGGCUCGGCGAGAAGGAGGACGGUUGCAAUCAGCUGCACGGGCACCAUCAUCUGCCGCACGGGGCGUAUCUGCUGGACGAGGCGGCCACAAUGAUGCUGCGGAAGUCGAACUCGUACGAGCCGGUGGCGAAGCAACCGUUUGGCGGCGAGCUGCACGGCCCGGUAUCGAUCGGCGUCGAUGCAGUCGAUGCACACACGAAGGUGUGCGACUGGAUGGUGGCUUCGGCUGGAUGUCGCAUGGCACCGGCCGUGCCACCGCACAAGAUCAGUGUGGCGAUCGAUGCGACUCCGCAGGCCCGAGGCAACAGCGUGCUGCGACAGGAACCGAUCGAGAUAACGAAGGCCAAGUCGUUCGAGUACGGGGCGACGGAUGAGGUGGACUGUGCGGUAAGCGGCUGUCCCGGGGAGGGCCGGAUGGGGGAAGGCGAUGGCAGCGGGACGGGCAGCAGCUCAUCCGGCACCUCUUCCUCGUGCUCCAGCUCGGCGACGACCGAUGAGCUGAAGCAAACGAUGCCCGGUGCCGGAGCAGGACUGUAUUACAACUGUCCCGACUAUCCGGUGCGAAGGUUCGGUGCGACCGGUGAAGGGGGCGAAGAGGAGGUGACGAGCUUCAUCGAGCAGGACACUCCCGCGGGUGACAUCAAUGUGACGUCGCGCGACAAAAGCACCGAAAAGGAUCCACUCUCGCCAGAGGAAGCGCUGCGCGUCAUACAGAGGCGAAACUUCCCGAAGGUGCUGCCCGACCACCCGCGAACCGGUGGGACGGGCGGGCCGACGACGGUGGGCACCUCGAUGAAGCGCCGCUCCCUGCCACCCCAGUCGCUGUACGGGGCCCUGCCCCACGGAAACUGCCACAGUUUGCGCCGGGAAGCGGCAGGCGCAGGGCGAUUGAUUCCGGCUCCGCCACCACGCAUCUGCUCCACCCUGGGACGACCGGCAGCCGUGCGGCAGGCGCGAGUCAGCAACAACUUCAUCAGCUCCCCUCCGAUUGUGGCCGAGGAGCCACCGGUUGAGGAGGAGCCACCGAUCGCGCUGAACACCCUGCACGUCGGGCCCCUGUUGCCGACGCACCAGGAAAGCACCUACAUGACGAUGUCCCGCCAGAACUCGCUGGGCUCGGAGUGCGAGCCCGGCUCGAGCGAGGCGGACGACGACCGGCCGAGCGAGGAGCAGCCACCAGUCGACAUCAUUUGCAUCGAGCAUAAGCCCGAGAACCACUACAGCUACGUGCGGCCGGUUGGGUUGAUGCGAACGCCCUCGUCCUUCAAGUGUCCGGAAGCGGUGUCCCGAACGGAGGGCGGAGAAGCGCGCAGUGCGGGCGACGGGGAAACGGGACAGCCGGCGUCGAUCGAUGCAGCCACCCAGCCGCUGCAGCCCGUGCGGGAUAAGUUCAGUUCCGACUCCUCCGCCACCGACACAACGUCCGGGAGUACGGGCACGAUAAAGAAGCUGUAAAUAGCGCACACACACUAGACAGAGGACACGGACAUGGCACCUUCAGUGCAGCGCCCGGCAACGCCGAGUUUGACUAACGAGCCAUCGGACGGAUAUUGAUUUGUUUUCGGGCUGCAGCCGAAGCUCCGAGGCGGGCCGCAUCUUCGCGCAGCUGCCAUAACGCAAAGGAGGAGGACGUUUUAUCAUGCACUUGAAGCAUGGAGUAUUUAUUCUUAGGAUCACGUUCCCGUUUCGCCAUAUCUUACGGUACGGUUGGUGUGGUACCCAGUGCGGCCGUUUCCGGUUUCUCACCCGAGAAACAAACAGACGGACGGUUUUACACAUGUAUUGGAAUGGUUUUGUGCGCUUAGAAGCCGGUACUUCUGGGGGCAAAUGUUGCCCGGACGGUGUCGGACCUACCAAGAGACACAAGCUGAUACACACAGACACACACACUUGCACAAACAAACAAACAUAGACACCUACAUGCAGAUGAAGAUUCCAUUUAUUGAUUACAUUAAUCCGGAAAGCUAACGUAGCAAUACGACUGUGCGAAUCGAACGACCCGUUGAUCGAUUUGUUUUGCCCGAGCGCGCCACGGCUGGCGCUUCACGACUAUUUAUUUACGCUAUUUGUACAAAUAAAGUAACACGCUAAUCAAACACACGGUUUUAGCUUGUAAGCAACAGUAAACUGGUGGCACCAUUGCGUUGAUGCAAUGACAAUAAAGUAAUUU